AUGAUAAAGUAUUUUAUUUGUUUCUCUCUUAUCCUCCUCCCUCUCGUCUAUAACGUGGAAGGACUUAAAAUUGAGCCUAGUCCCUGGAAGCCGAUCAAGAAUGUAACACUUGGCUACUACUUAGAGAUCGGAAGGUUUGCGAUUAAUGAGCAUAACAAGCACACGAUGGAUAUUCUGGCGUUCGAGAAUAACGUCCAGGGAAAAGAGCAAUACGACAAUGGCCUAAGGUAUGCUCUGAUAAUCGCAACGAGGAAUAGCGACCAUAUAGCACAUAACUAUGAGGCUGUCGUGUUUGAAAGGCAUGUUAAUCAAGAGAGGGUCCUUGAGUCUUUCAAUGAGAUAUCGAUCUAA